GAGGAGGGGAAACGGAGCAGCAGCUCGGGAACAGAGAGCGCGCCCGGGAGCAGCAGCAGCAGCAGCAGCCGCCGCAGGAAGGAGAAGAAGAGAAGAAGAGCAGAGCGGAGCAGAGCAGCGUGGAGGAGAGGCGGCGCUGGCAAGAGGAGGCAGGCGGGGACCUGGCUCUUCUGGAUGCUGGAUUUUCGGACUCUCGCUGACUCUCUCCCGCUCCCCGGCGCCGGACUGUGAGAGACACACGCGAGCGCCAGGCAGCAGCGGCGGGGCUUCGCUCUUAGCAGCUGCUGCUGCUGCUGCGGGGCUCGGAUUAAAUUGGCCGCCCCGGAGCCGACCGGGAGCAGCGGGAGGAGGUGGCGGCGGCGGCGGCGGCGGGAAGCAGCGGCAGGCGGGCGAGCAGCGGCGAAGGCUGCUGCUGGGACCGGGGGAGCCAGCAUGACCAGGCUCUGAAAAUACUUCAUCUGAAAUUUCAGACCGGACAGACUCGCAGUGGCUUCUAAGCCAGUGAGAUCAAGGCUGCCAAAGCAUGCUGGUGCCAAGCUGUCGGACGAUGCACGUAGUCAGGCCAGUGGUGGUGCUCCUGUGCUUGCUACUCUAUGCUGAUGCUGAAACACCACCAAAGUUUACAAGAACUCCCGUUGACCAGACAGGAGUUUCAGGAGGAGUUGCCUCAUUCAUCUGUCAAGCCACAGGAGAUCCACGACCUAAAAUUGUCUGGAACAAAAAAGGAAAGAAAGUCAGCAAUCAGAGAUUUGAGGUAAUAGAGUUUGAUGAUGGAUCUGGAUCAGUACUCAGAAUACAACCACUGCGCACACCACGAGAUGAAGCUAUUUAUGAAUGUGUGGCUUCCAACAGUGUUGGCGAAAUAAGUGUGUCCACAAGACUCACAGUUUUACGUGAGGAUCAAAUCCCUCGAGGUUUUCCAACCAUUGAUAUGGGCCCACAGCUGAAGGUGGUUGAACGAACUCGUACAGCUACCAUGUUAUGUGCAGCCAGUGGCAAUCCUGACCCUGAAAUAACUUGGUUCAAAGAUUUCUUACCUGUUGACACAAGCAACAAUAAUGGCCGCAUCAAGCAGCUACGCUCAGGUGCCCUCCAAAUUGAACUGAGUGAAGAAUCUGACCAAGGCAAAUAUGAGUGUGUUGCAACCAACAGUGCGGGUACACGCUAUUCUGCCCCUGCCAAUCUAUAUGUCAGAGUUCGACGGGUUCCACCAAGGUUCUCUAUCCCCCCCACAAAUCAUGAGAUCAUGCCUGGCGGGAGUGUAAAUAUCACCUGUGUUGCGGUGGGGUCACCAAUGCCAUAUGUGAAAUGGAUGCUAGGAGCAGAAGAUUUGACACCUGAAGAUGAUAUGCCAAUAGGGAGGAACGUCCUUGAGCUUAAUGAUGUCAGACAGUCUGCAAACUAUACUUGCGUUGCUAUGUCUACCCUUGGUGUUAUAGAAGCAAUAGCGCAGAUAACUGUCAAAGCCUUACCCAAACCUCCUGGAACACCUGUGGUGACAGAAAGCACAGCAACUAGCAUAACAUUGACUUGGGAUUCUGGAAACCCUGAGCCAGUUUCUUACUACAUAAUCCAACACAAACCCAAAAACUCCGAGGAGCCAUAUAAAGAAAUUGAUGGGGUGGCCACAACACGUUAUAGCGUGGCUGGCCUAAGCCCCUAUUCAGAGUAUGAAUUUCGGGUAGUUGCUGUAAAUAACAUUGGGCGAGGGCCACCCAGCGAGCCCGUGUCGACAAGGACUUCAGAACAAGCCCCUUCAAGUGCACCCCGCAAUGUGCAGGCCCGUAUGUUGAGCUCCACCACCAUUCUGGUACAGUGGGAAGAACCUGAGGAACCCAAUGGACAAAUUCAAGGUUACAGAGUUUAUUACACCAUGGAUCCCACUCAACACGUCAACAGUUGGAUGAAGCACAAUGUGGCUGACAGCCAUAUUACCACUAUUGGGAAUCUUGUACCCCAGAAAACAUACUCUGUGAAGGUUCUUGCCUUUACUUCUGUUGGGGAUGGACCACUUUCUAGUGACAUUCAAGUCAUCACUCAAACAGGAGUGCCUGGUCAACCAUUGAACUUCAAAGCAGAACCCGAGUCUGAAACGAGCAUAUUGCUUUCCUGGACACCUCCACGCUCCGAUACCAUUUCCAGCUAYGAACUGGUUUACAAAGAUGGGGAGCAUGGGGAGGAACAACGGGUUUCCACUGAGCCUACUACAUCAUACCGUCUGCAAGGCUUAAGGCCAAACAGCCUGUACUUGUUCCGCCUAGCUGCRCGCUCUCCUCAAGGCCUGGGUGCUUCAACAGCCGAAAUCUCAGCCAGAACCAUGCAGUCAAAGCCAUCAGCUCCUCCUCAAGACAUUAGUUGCACAAGCCCCAGCUCCACUAGCAUUUUGGUAAGUUGGAAACCUCCUCCGGUGGAAAAACAGAAUGGCAUUAUCACUGCGUAUUCCAUCAAGUACAUUGGGAUUGAUGGAGAAGAUGUCAAGCCCCAUGAAAUUUUGGGAAUUUCCUCGGACAGUACCCAGUACCUUUUGGAACAGCUGGAAAAAUGGACUGAGUACCGGAUCUCUGUGACUGCUCACACUGAUGUUGGACCUGGCCCAGAGAGCUUAGCAGUAUUGAUUCGGACAGAUGAAGAUGUUCCUAGUGGUCCUCCUCGCAAAGUCGAGGUGGAGGCUGUCAACUCCACUGCUGUUAAAGUGUCUUGGCGCUCGCCUGUGCCCAAUAAGCAGCACGGUCAGAUACGAGGAUACCAGGUCCACUACGUGAGGAUGGAAAAUGGAGAGUCAAAGGGUCAGCCCAUGCUGAAGGACAUCAUGCUGGCUGAUGCACAGGAAAUGAUAAUUUCUGGACUUCAGCCUGAAACCACGUACUCUUUCACUGUGACAGCUUAUACAACAAAAGGUGAUGGAGCACGCAGCAAACCCAAACUUGUAUCUACUACUGGUGCAGUUCCAGGCAAACCUCGGCUUGUGAUUAGCCACACACAGAUGAACACGGCUCUAAUUCAGUGGCAUCCUCCUGUGGAAACUUUUGGCCCGCUGCAGGGUUAUCGCCUGAAGUUUGGUCGCAAAGACAUGGAUACAUUAACGAUCAUGGAGUUCUCAGAGAAGGAAGAUCACUUCACGGCCACAGACAUUCACAAAGGAGCUUCUUAUGUCUUCAGGCUCUCAGCUAGAAAUAAAGUGGGCUUUGGGGAGGAGAUGGUAAAAGAGAUUUCUGUUCCUGAAGAGGUACCCAGUGGAUUUCCCCAAAAUCUCCACUCGGAAAGCUCUACUUCUACAUCAGUUCAAUUAACUUGGCAGAUGCCACUCUUGGCAGAGAGAAAUGGCAUUAUCACCAAAUACACCAUCUUGUACAGAGAUAUCAAUGUUGCUUACCAACCAGUUGAACUCGCAGUUGUUCCUGCUGAUACCACUAUGACACUUUCUGGCUUAAAACCAGAUACCACAUAUGAUGUAAAAGUACGUGCCCACACAAGCAAAGGGCCUGGUCCAUAUAGUCCAAGUGUCCAGUUCAGGACACUACCCGUGGAUCAAGGUAGGAUUUGUCUGCUUAUGGCGUUGACCUUUAAAGGAGUAUCGGUCUGUGGAUAUCAGUGUUUUUGAAGGUGUAAAUAAAACUGACCGGCCCAUUCAUAAAAAUAGGUUCAUCAAACACAAAAGGUAAAGUAUGUAAAUCUUAAUAUGUUUUGGAUGCCUUAGAAUUCAGUUGUCCCUUUCCAAGCAAGUUCUGGCUAACUUCUUCACAAUAUUUUCAGGUAAGGAAAAUGUAUAUAUUGGAUUGUCACUAG